CUGCAAAGCUACAGUGAAUUUUAAGUACCUGCAGGCUGCUUGGGUGUGGAAGCUGAGAUGUCGUCUAAGCUUGCUGAAAUUAUUUUUCUAAUUUUGGGGGUCGUUAAGUUUGUUCAUUGUGACAACUGUUUUGAUGUAGCCACUGCAAUCCAGCAUGACAAGUACAUGGAACACCAGAUGUUUAGAAAGUUCAGGAGUCCGUCUCCGUACGCCUGUGCAUCUGCAUGUCUUAUGUCCUCUGCAUGUCUGUCUUUUGGAUUUGACAUGAAAACGCGCACCUGUCUACUCAACAGUAACAACAGUGCUAAUGGAAAUAUUGUUGACAGAGCCGGAUUCCUGUUCAGUGACAUCCUCCACUGGCCCAAGUCUCUCUCCGGUCCAUGUUCUCUGAUGUCAUGCCCUGCUAAUGCCCGGUGUCAAGUAGACAGACUUGAUCGUGCAACUUGUGUUCCAGAGUUCCAAGGGUGUGGCCAGCCCCCAGAAGUGACAAACGCCACCAAAACGUACGAGGGUCACUACCUGGGCAGUGUAACAACCUACAUGUAUGCCUGCAGACAAGACUUCAGGGCCUGUUAUGACAAGGUUACCAGCAUCUGUCAAUCGUCUGGACAAUGGGAGAAUUUGACGGCUGGCCUGUGUAAACAGUACAUUUGGCAUAACCCGACCCUGAAAGAAAAACAAGCACUUCCAUGUGGGCCAUCAAGCAAGUUCAGAGCAACUGUCAUUGGCACACCGAACCAAGCUACGAGAUGGAACAUAUGGCUGUGGAAAGGUGCAGAUUUACUUGCCUUGUCAGAGUUCCGAUAUGAGUUCGGUGUAACUCGAAACGUAACAGUCAUGAACGAUCAAGUCAAUGGACAAUGGGGUGAGGAGCGUACUGUUGAUGAUCUACCCAUGAACAUAGGACAAGAAACAGAGGUCCAGAUAACACUACACACUGGAAUAUACAGGCUGAAUAUCGAUGGCAAGAGCAUGUUAAACUUCACCGAGAGGGUGCCAGGGUCAGAACCUGACUCCAUCUUGAUAGAGGGAUCUGUCUCAGUUCGAAUGAUGGAAAUCUGGUUGUAUUAAAUUACUUUUCAAAUGAUGUUAUAAAACUAGUCAUUCUGAAGUAACGUGUAAGUGCAGUCUUUCAAUUAUGUGACAACUAAGUGUAAGCGCGCAGGAUUGAGAACACUAUAAUACGGUGGCCCAUAAGGGACAUGGAGUCUUUUUAUCCAUAUUUUGAUGUUUCACU